CGAAAUGAAAGGCCCUUUUAUUUAGCUUUCCUUUUAUGACUUAUUGAGUUAGGACACAUAUUUGACAUCGGGCAAGCACUCAUUUCCCAAACCAAAACCAAACCCAUCACCGGAAUCUUUCACUUCUGUCUUCUUUCACAGCCCUAACACUCGCCCAAUUCUCCAACAAGUUGGAAGGGCAAAAGAAAUGAUCUUUCUGGUUUCUAGGUAAGAAAAUUUAGAAAUGAAGUGCUGAUUAGGGCAAAGUUGAAGUCUUUUUUUGAGGAUUUUGAAGGGUUUAUAAGUUGGUGUUAUUUACUUUUUUGGGCUUUUAGUAAUUAUUGAAAUGGAAGGAGGGUCUGGUAAUAAUUCUGUACCUCCUUCGUCUACUUUUGAUAAAUCUAGAGUUUUGGAUGUCAAACCACUCCGUACUUUGGUACCUGUUUUUCCGAAUAGUCCACAGAAUCCUCCUUUUGUUUGUGCACCUCCUAAUGGCCCUUUCCCGGCCGGGUUUUCGCCUUUUUACCCGUUUAAUGGACCGCAUUCCGCGGGUACUACCGUGGCUCCUGACCUCAACCAGCAGCAGACGCAUACUCCAGCUCCUCUUCGCUCUUUCCGGGCGCCUGAAUCCAAUGGGAACUUUUCUAGUGCUAAGAGUGGAGAUGGUUCUUCAGAUGGAAGGCCAAAGCGCGCUGUAGGACGACCAAAGGCAUCGGCUUCCGCUUCGCAAAAGAAGUAUAAGAAAGACUUGGAUUUUACGUUGUCGGUCUCUGCUAAUUUUGUUGUGGGGAUUUCUCCCGCGCAGAGGGAUGAUGGUGAUAGGGAAGUGGUUAACAAUAUAAUGAUGAGGUUUGAUUCCCUUAGGAGAAGGAUUAGCCAAUUAGAGGAUUCUAAGGAAGCGACCAGUGGGUUGAUUAAGCGUGCAGAUUUGAAAGCAGGGAAUGUCUUGAUGAGUAAAGGGGUGAGGACUAAUAUGAGGAAGAGGAUUGGAGUGGUACCCGGGGUUGAGAUUGGGGACAUUUUCUUUUUCCGAAUGGAAAUGUGUGUUGUUGGGUUGCAUUCCCAGUCCAUGGCUGGGAUUGAUUACAUGAUUGUUAGAGGUGAUGUGGAUGAAGAUCCUCUGGCUGUAAGCAUUGUUUCGUCUGGCGGGUAUGACGAUGAGGCAGAAGAUAGGGAUGUUCUGAUUUAUAGUGGACAGGGUGGUAAUGCAAACAGCAACAAAAAGGAAGCAGCUGAUCAGAAGCUUGAAAGGGGUAACCUUGCAUUGGAAAGGAGUUUGCAUCGUGCCAAUGAAGUGAGAGUCAUUCGAGGAAUGAAGGACAGCUAUAAUGCAGCAGGAAGGAUCUACGUGUAUGACGGCCUUUAUAAAAUUCAGGAAUCAUGGGUGGACAAGGGAAAAUCUGGGUGCAAUAUAUUUAAGUAUAAGUUGGCUAGAGUGCCUGGGCAGCCAGGUGCUUUCUCUGUUUGGAAAUCAAUUCAGCAGUGGAAGGAAGGGAUUAUUACAAGAGCUGGACUAGUUCUUCCAGACCUCACUUCUGGGGCUGAAAGUCAACCAGUUUCCCUUGUAAAUGAUGUUGAUGAAGAAAAGGGACCCGCAUACUUCACAUAUGUCCCUACUGUUAAGUACGUCAAAUCUUUUAAACUAUCCGAGCCUUCUUAUGGAUGCAACUGUCGCACUGCAUGUGCCCAAGGUGAUUUGAAUUGCUCUUGCAUUAGGAAAAAUGGAGGUGACUUCCCUUAUACAGCCAAUGGAGUUCUUGUUAACAGGAGGCCAUUGGUUCAUGAGUGUGGUCCCACAUGUCCAUGCAUUCCCAGCUGCAAGAACCGAGUGUCUCAAACUGGUUUUAAAGUUCGCUUGGAAGUGUUUAAAACAAAGGAUAGAGGUUGGGGUUUGCGAUCAUGGGAUCCUAUUCGUGGUGGUACUUUUAUUUGUGAAUAUGCAGGUGAAGUUAUAGAAAAAGACAAGGCAAAGCAAGAUGGAGAAGGUGACGAUGAUUAUAUCUUUGAUUCAACCCGUGCUUAUGAGCCAUUCAAAUGGAAUUGUGAAUCUGGACUAAUAGAGGAGGAUGAAAAUGACAUUGCUGAAGAACCCAAUAUCCCUUCUCCUUUAAUCAUUAAUGCCAAGAAUAUUGGAAAUGUAGCUCGAUUUAUGAAUCAUAGUUGUGAUCCAAAUGCUUUUUGGCAGCCUGUUGCAUAUGAAACCAACAAUGAAUCUUAUGUCCAUGUUGCAUUUUUUGCAAUGAAACACAUACCCCCUAUGACAGAGUUGACUUAUGAUUAUGGGGUCUCACGCUCAGAUGAGGCUGCAGAUGACAAUAACGUGCGACAUGGAAAAAAGAAAUGCUUAUGUGGCUCCCGAAAAUGUCGGGGUUCCUUUGCUUGAAGGUUGUCUACAACUAGCAUGGUGGCUGGAAGCAUAUCAUAGCUGAAAAGCUGAAUUCAUUCCAGCAACUGCAAGAACUAUGCAUGUUCCGAGCAUCAUAUGGGCACAGCAUUUUUAAAUGUUAGUUUUCUUCUUCCAAGCUUUACUAGCCAGGUAGGACAGAUCCUCUUUUUUUAAUGGCAGACUCAGCUUGUGGCGUCCGAAGAUAGGACCCCUGCCAUCUAAUUUUUGUUAAGGAGUGUAAGUUAGAUUUUGGUGGAGCAGGGACAGAAUCAAAGUAGUAUUGCGGUGCUUGUAUUUGUAAUUUUAAGGUAUUUUGUACUAUAUUUUCAGUGCGAGUCCCUGAAAUGUUCAACCUUUUGUA